AUGUCUGCUCCACGAUUGCCACCACUUCCGACCAUACGAGAUAUACUGAAAUUAUACAAUUUGAGUGCCAUAAAACGAUUGUCUCAAAAUUUUCUUUUGGAUCAAAAUAUAACUAACAAAAUUAUAGCAAAAUCAGGAAAUAUUUCUGGGAGUCAAGUACUAGAAGUCGGUCCAGGUCCAGGUGGAUUAACUCGAUCUAUCCUAAAAAAGGUCCCUGAACGAUUAGUAGUUGUGGAAAAAGAUAAAAGAUUUAAACCGACUUUAGAGAUGUUAGCGGACUCAUUCGGUGCGAUCAAUGGAAAGAUGGAUAUAAUAUACGAUGACAUUAUGAAAACAAACAUAGAAAGUCUAUUCCCACUGGAGAAAAAGAGAAAUUGGAAUGAUAAAUCUCCAGAUAUCUUCAUCAUAGGCAAUUUACCGUUUAGUCUAGCGACACAUCUUAUAAUUCAGUGGUUGCAUGCGAUAUCCGAACAACGUGGACCUUGGGCAUUUGGUAGAACAAAAAUGACAUUAACGUUCCAAAAAGAAGUAGCGGAACGUUUAGUAGCUCCACCGAUGGGAUACCAACGAUGCAGGCUAUCAGUAAUGGCUCAAACUUGGACAUUUCCAAUACUUCGUUUUAUUAUACCUGGUGAAGCUUUUGUUCCAAAACCAGAUGUCGAUGUGGGAGUAGUGUCAUUUACGCCAUUGGUCAAACCACGCACACAGUACGAUUUUAAAUUCUUUGAAAUGAUAACGAGGCAUGUGUUCAGUUUCAGGCAGAAGUACAGUAUACGAUGCAUCGAGACUCUCUUUCCGAAGGAACAUCGCAAAGAUUUAGGUUUGAUGAUGUACAAGUUGGCUGACUUGGAACCGACGAUCAGGCCAACGCAACUUACCAUAGAAGAUAUCAACAAGCUAGCAACCGCUUACAAGUAUCUACUCGAGAAACAUCCGGAGCUUAAAUUGUAUAAUUAUCGCUCAUCUCGGCACUUAUUACCGUUAAAAAACACGAAAGAUAUUGUAGUACAGGACUGUGCAGAAAUAUUGGAAGAAAAUGUUGGAAUGAGUAUCUGAUCGGAACGAUCUAUACUUGAAAUGCAUCAAAUUUCAGUUUUAUUAAAUCGCAGAUUGUAAUGUAGCAGAUUAAUUUGUUACAGUGAAUUUCUGUUAGAACUUUGUGAGGAAAUCUGUAAAUAUACAUUUAUAUAUAUACACAGUAUGGCUUAAUUCUUAAAUAAAAAUAAUGUACAAUUUGCAUGUGUUGUGUUAGACAUCAUAAAAAUACUGUUAAUUAUUUGGAGAAAGAAAGAGAAUAAUUGGAGAAAUUAAAAUAAGUAUAUUCCGACAGCUUUACAAAUUAUUGAUGCACGCAAUUAUACGGAACAUAUACGGCACCGUGUAUCCUUGACGCUGCUGAUUCAUGCGAAUUCUUCAAUACUAUUAAUCUGCAAACCCUAUAUAUAACCUCGAAUCUAAUAAAAUCUACCCUAUUAAUAUCAUUUUCGCAAAAAGCGAUACUGGUAAAAAGAAUCGCAGAUGGAAAAUGCAGAUAAAGUAUGUUAACAUCCGUAAAUAAUUUGCGAAAAGAAAACAAUACCCAAUACACCGGUCAAUAUCACAGCUACUCGUCUCGUCUUUUUUUUUGAGAA